AUUAGAGCAAAACUUAGUAAAACUAUCUUCACGUGUGCUCAUAAAAGAAAGGUCAAGUAGUCUACAAUGGCAGAACUAGAGAAGAACGACUAUGACUCUUUUGAUGCGCUUGCUUACGCGGAUAAAAAGUACAGCUCAAUGUCAGAAUGGAUGGCAGUACCAUUGAAAGGAAUCCACGGGGCCUUUGAGUCGUACUGCAUUGGGGAAAAGAAAACGGGCAUCAAUGUCCUUGAAUAUGGCUGUGGCCCUGUCCCUGUAUACCUCUGCUCUGCCCCACGCUUUGCCUCAGAGAUAGUCUUUGCAGACUUUGCCAAAUCCAACACAGACGCCUUGCAGCGGUGGGUAAGCGAUACGCCAGGCUGCCCCGACUAUACACAUUUCUUCCAAUAUGUCAUCAAAGACCUGGAAGGAUGUACAGAUCAGGCCACCCUAGCUACAGCCAUUAGUAAGAGACAGGCUGAUCUAAGGUCUGUGGUAAAGGGAGUCGUGUUUUGUGACAUUACGCAGGAUAAUCCUAUAGAGUCUGGCUACGAGGGACCCUACGAUAUCGUAUACUCUAGCCUUUGUCUCUGCGUUGCUGCUACUAACAUCAAGGAGUAUAGCGAUAAUGUCAAACGACUUACCAAACUACUCAAACCUGGCGGUAUGCUGAUCAUCAACGACGUUGAAGCCCGUGACCUUAGCAAGAACAUUAUCACGUAUACCGUCAAUAAUAACAAGUUUGAGGCUCUCUGUCCUACUUCGGAGGCACUCCGUCAGGUACUGGAAGAGAACGGAUAUCAUGAUAUUAAGAUGUCGCGUAAUCUGAUUGACGAGACUGAAGGAGCAGCUCAGCGUAUGUCUCCUGAAGUUCUGGCUAUGAGAUUCAUUGUAGCUAGACACUGAAUCAGCUUAGUAUAUGGAACAUGUGUGUGUGUGUUUCAUAAUAGAUAUCUCUUGAUAUAGGGUUAUUUUGCUAAAAUAAAAUUUUAAUUCAAAGCCGGAUUUUUAUCCCAA